CAGUUAGGUGCUCCCGGAGAACGAACACGACCCUUCAAGACGGAUUUGGGCCAAAUCGAACACGACCCCAUUAAUAAAUUGGGAGGUUUGACCGCCCCCAAACUCAUCCUGUAAAGCAGUAGAGCACCGCCGCCGAUCUGAUCCCACACUUCCGCCUUCCCUAGAUGUUCUCGUCUACUCGGCCGCCUUCGCAUCGCACGUCGUCCUCUCAAGCCCAUGAUGAGCAGCUCUGGGGAUCCGAAGAGAAAAGCCAUGUGCCGGUCGGUGUGGCUCCGGCGGCAGCGAGCCAAAACGAAUUAUCAUGGAUUGCGGCUUUCAUUAGCUACAACAAAGUGUCCACCUUGCCAAGAACGUGACAAUUCAGAGGUUGCCAAAGACACUAUGCGAGUGAUUGAGCUCGAUAAAUUUCCCGAGGAUAUCUUGCAUCACAUACAUUCCCUUGUGCCACUGCGCGAUGCUGCUCGUGCUGCCUAUGUCUCUCGUAGAUUUUUACGCUCAUGGAAAUGCUUUCCUAACCUUACAUUCAAUUGGAAAACUUUGGGGUUGAAUAUGCAUGAGGGCACGCCAUAUGAGAGAGCAAAGAAAAUUGCGGACAGAAUCUACCACAUACUCAAAAACCACUCUGGCAUUGGGGUGAAAACACUUAAGCUCCAAGUUCAUUCAUGCAACAAUGUCAUCACGGCUAACCUUCUUGGCAUUUGGCUUGAAACUGCUGUUAAGUCUGGAAUCGUAGAACUUGCUGUGGACCUUCCUCAAGAUCACAAUGCGAAGUACGACUUUCCAUGUUCGGUUUUAUCUUGUGCUGCAACCUCAAUUCAGUCUCUCGCCCUCUCGUCUUGUGCUUUUCAUCCGACGAUAAUAAUUGGCUGCUUCAGAAACUUGAGAAGUCUAUGUCUGAAACUUGUUCUCAUUACCGAGGAGGAACUAGGAUGCUUUUUCUCCUGUACAAUUUCCUUAGAGAAGUUGGAAGUUUCCCAGUGCAAUGAGAUAACUUUGUUGAAGAUACCUCCUCAUCUGCAUCAGCUUUGUAUCCUGCGGGUGUUUCUAUGCCAAAGGCUGCAGGUGGUAGAAAUUUAUGCUCCAAAGGUAGCCACGUUUAUGUUCCGUGGGCCGCCGACGAAAAUAUCAAUCACCAACCCGUCUCAACUGAGGAUCAUGACCAUGGAUGGUUCAUUUCAUGCUGGCAUGUUCCACCAUGCUCUGACCAAGCUUCAUUCCAUCACGUCGAAUCUUCACACACUUGUCUUGUGCUUAUUUAGAGAGGCCUUCAAUACUCCAGCAUCAGCUGACAAAUUCCUCCAGCUGAGGCACUUGAAGACUUAUUGUUGUAGCAGUCAAUUCGAAAGCUUUGAUUUUUUAUCUCUAAUUUCCUUUCUUGAAGCUUGUCCUCUACUAGAAACUUUCUUCUUAUCGGUAAGUCGACAUUAUUUAAGGCCAGAGUCAGCUUCCCAAAAAUCGGAUGUAGAUUCAUGGCAUAUCAGGAAGAUUCCUGGAUUCCGCCAUGACAAGCUUAAGAAAGCAUCCAUCACUGGAAUCAACUCGUCAAAGAGCUUGAUUGAACUAACAUGUCAAAUUCUUAAGAAUUCCUCAUCACUAGAAUGCCUUGUGCUCGACACUACUAGUGGUUAUAGUAAUUCAGGCAUAUGUGAAAAUAUGGAUAGAGAAGCAGUCAUGGAUGCCCUCGAAGGUGUCAAGGCUAUCAAAAGACAUGUUGAGGGUCAAGUUCCCGACGGUGUUGAUGUCGAGGUUUUGAAGCCCUGUGACCGGUGCCAUAUUUCCAAACUCUGAUGUCCAUGCUAUGUUGUACACCGAUCUUGAAGGGCAUGCGCUGUGUGUGGUCACAUUUUUUUACCUUACAACGAGUCACACAGUAAGGAAAUUGCCGCAGUUGGAGAAUUUAUUCUGUAUGGUUGGUCAGACUUUUGGCCCUGGAAAUGCAAUUUAUAUAUAACUAGCAAAAAAAGCCCGCGCGUUGCAACGGAAGAGAAAAUAACACACGUUUUGAACGUAAUAUAUUUUCACA